AUGGGUAUAUUCCCCAGAUUUGGUGCCUGGAUCAGUCAGAACACACAACAUCCUACAAAAUCUGAAAAAAACGUUAAAUCCAAGCCAAAGACACAGGCAAAAACUCACGAGGAGAGCGAUGAGACGAAGGAGCAAUUAAAAUUAUGGAGAGAUGCAAAUAAGAAGGAACAAUAUCAUGAACCUCCUCCUACCGUGAAGAUACAGCCGAAACACAUGCCUAACUACCAAAAGAUCGUUGGCUCUUUCUAA